CACAAACGCGUUUUCAGUCCACUCAUUUUCCGAGCGGUAGUCGAAGAUUUUCCGUCGCGCAAUCACCGCCCUUCGUUGGGAGUGGAACCAUACACACGUGGAUAUUGUGUUAAUUUACCGAGUUCGGUUGGACUCAGAAUGGGAUAGCAUUUAUAUUUCCUGUUAAUUAUUAUCAAGAAUAAAUAGAGUGGGUUCGCGAAGGUAGAUAGAAGAUGAUAGAUCCAUCUUCAUCUGAAGAAGAUAGUGAAGAAGAACAUGGAACAGGUCACCAUGCUGGGCAUCAUCCUACAACACACCAUCAUCAUCAUCAUUCAUCAGUUCAUUCAUCAGUUCAUCCUCAUACCGAGUCUUCACCAUAUCAUCAAACGCAUGCUUCAGAUUUGGGAAGCGGCACAUUGGAAGUACCUGCUCCAAGUGCCACUCGUUCUUUAUCACCAUCCAGUGCCGUAUCUGCUGAAACAAUCAGCCACAGUUUGGGGUCUUCCAGAGCAAAUUCCUUACCCCGACCUACCAGUCCGUCGCCUUCAGUUGCCUCAGAAAAAACCGAGGUAGAUCUUCAGGAAAAGCAAGAACGAGAAGAGGAAGAACGGAAAAGAAGAAUACAACUUUAUGUUUUUAUAUCGAGGUGCAUAGCAUAUCCGUUCAACGCUAAACAGCCAACUGACAUGACUAGACGACAAACCAAAAUAACAAAACACCAGUUAGAAAGUAUUGUUAAUAGGUUUCAAAGUUUUUUGAAGGGGGAAACGCAAAUAAUGGCCGACGAAGCCUUUCAGAACGCUGUACAGAAUUAUUACGAUGUUUUUUUGAAAUCUGAGAGGGUCGUCAAAAUGGUCCAAUCUGGUGCUUGUUCGCAAUAUGAUUUUAGAGAAGUUUUUAGAAAUAAUAUAGAAAAACGAGUUAGAUCUUUACCUGAAAUGGAAGGAUUGAGUAAAGAGACUGUGUUCACAUCCUGGAUGGCUAAAUUUGACUGCAUUCUAAAAGUUACAGACGAAGACUCGAAAAGACCAUCCAGAAUGCAGCAAAAUUUAAAUUCAGAACUUAUUUUAUCUAAAGAACAGUUAUACGACAUGUUUCAACAAAUUCUUGGGGUCAAAAAAUUUGAACAUCAGCUGCUGUUUAACGCCCUAUUGCUUGAUUCAGCUGAUGAACAAGCAGCAGCAAUCAGAAGGGAGUUAGAUGGCAGAAUGCAAAAAGUGGCAGAAAUGGAAAAGAAUCGAAAGUUAAUGCCUAAGUUUGUGUUGAAAGAAAUGGAGUCCCUUUAUAUAGAAGAGUUGAAAUCGUCCAUAAACUUAUUGAUGGCGAAUUUGGAGUCACUACCAGUAUCAAAAGGAUCGAUGGAUUCCAAAUAUGGUUUACAAAAACUAAAACGCUAUAAUCACAGGUUGCAUAACCAUAAUAAUCCAUAUAAUGUGAAGCACAUUUUGAUGAAUUAUGUUACUUCUUUUAGAUCGCAAGGAUCUUUAGCAAAGCUAGAGGGGGAUUCCGCAGAUAGUGACACCCAGUUAACAAAACUCGAUGUGGUUUUAACAUUUCAACUAGAGGUAAUAGUAAUGGAAGUGAGAGGUUUAAAAUCAUUAUCGCCAAAUCGAAUUGUUUAUUGUACUAUGGAAGUAGAAAAUGGUGAAAAGUUGCAAACUGACCAAGCAGAGGCUUCCAAACCCAUGUGGGAUACGCAAGGCGAUUUUUGUACUACACACCCUUUACCGAUUGUUAAAGUUAAGUUAUAUACAGAAAAUCCUGGAAUGUUGGCGUUGGAAGAUAAAGAGUUGGGGAAAGUUAUUUUGAAGCCUACUCCACUUUCCUCAAAGGCACCGGAGUGGCAUAAGAUGACUGUGCCCAAAAACUUACCGGAUCAAGAUUUGAAAAUAAAAAUAGCGUGUCGAAUGGAUAAACCGUUAAACAUGAAACAUUGUGGCUAUCUGUAUGCGAUAGGAAAAAGUGUAUGGAAGAAAUGGAAGAAACGAUAUUAUGUCCUUGUUCAAGUUUCUCAAUACACAUUUGCAAUGUGUAGUUACAAAGAGAAAAAAUCCGAACCUUCCGAAAUGAUGCAGCUGGAUGGUUACACAGUGGAUUACAUCGAAGCUUCUAGCGCUAACUUGAUGGUCGGAAUGGGUAAGCACUUGGAAGGAGGUAGAUAUUUCUUUAAUGCCGUUAAGGAAGGAGACAGUAUAAUAUAUGCUAGCGAUGAUGAGAAUGAAUGUCAUCUAUGGGUAAUGGCAAUGUACAGAGCAACUGGACAGUCGCAUAAACCAACACCUCCUCUUACUCUUCAAGAUAAAAACUCCACAAUAUCGAAAAUUCAAGGGGAUGCCGAUAGAGCAAGAAAACAUGGAAUGGAAGAUUUUAUUUCUGCUGAUCCUUGCCAAUUUGAUCAUGCCUCUCUGUUUAGAUUAUUACAAAAUCUCACACUGGAAUAUAGGCUAAACGAUCCGUACUGUUCAUUGGGGUGGUUUAGCCCAGGUCAGGUUUUCGUUCUAGAUGAAUACUGCGCCAGAUAUGGUGUACGAGGAUGUUAUAGACACCUAUGUUACUUAUCUGACUUAUUAGAUAGAGCCGAGAAGAAUUUAAUGAUAGACCCUACCUUGAUCCAUUAUAGUUUCGCGUUUUGCGCAAGUCAUGUUCAUGGAAACAGUAAUAACUUUAGACCGGAUGGAGUUGGGAGCGUCACUCACGAAGAAAAAGAAAAAUUUCAAGAUGUAAAAGAGCGUUUACGUGUUUUAUUAGAGAAUCAAAUUACAAAUUUUAGGUUUUGUUUUCCUUUCGGACGUCCGGAAGGGGCUUUAAAGGCGACUCUUUCAUUGUUGGAAAGGGUUUUAAUGAAAGAUAUUGUCACACCAGUGCCUCCAGAAGAAGUUCGCGGUAUGAUUAAGAAAUGCUUAGAAACUGCUGCCUUAGUAAAUUACACUAGGUUAUCAUCUGAAGCUAAAAUUGAAGAUGAUUUAAGGGGCGAGACCAUAGUCUCUCCAAGUAAGAAACUCGAUGACUUAAUACAUUUGGCUGAACUUUGUGUAGACCUACUCCAGCAAAACGAGGAGCAUUAUGCAGAGCAACUGCGCAAGGCAGACCGGCAACCGUCAAGUCAAGCAGCCUCAGCGGGCGCAAAUACAAAUACUCAGCCAGUAGCGCCCGCUCCAGGCACCCCUGGUGGCCGUGACGCCAAGCACCCUUCUGUGUCUCGCUAUUGCAUGCCUCAGCAUGCUAGUUACACCCCACCAGAUCCUACGGCCUUUGCGUGGUUUAGCGACUUAUUGGUUGAACACGCUGAAAUAUUUUGGUCUUUGUUUGCUGUUGAUAUGGACAGAGUAUUAGCCGAACAACCAGUAGACACUUGGGAUUCUUUUCCACUGUUUCAAAUCCUCAACGAUUAUCUUAGAGCUGACGAUAACUUGAAAAAUGGACGAUUUCAUCAACAUUUAAGAGAUACUUUUGCCCCGUUAGUAGUUAGAUACGUGGAUCUCAUGGAAUCUUCGAUUGCUCAAUCUAUCCACAAAGGUUUUGAGAAGGAGCGGUGGGAAAUUAAAGGUAUGGGAUGUGCAACAUCAGAAGAUCUAUUUUGGAAACUUGAUGCACUUCAAUCGUUCAUAAGAGACCUACAUUGGCCUGAUGCAGAGUUUAGACAACAUUUAGAGCAACGACUGAAGCUGAUGGCUUGUGAUAUGAUGGAGUCCUGCAUACAAAGAACUGAAUCUGCCUUCCAACAGUGGUUGAAGAAAUCUGUUACCUUUAUUUCCACUGAUUAUAUUAUACCAUCUGAAAUGUGUGCAAUGGUGAACGUUAUUUUGGACGCAAAAAAUCAGUCUUUGAAGUUAUGUGCAGUAGAUGGAAUUGACUUGCAUCAAUAUCAUACCAAGAUCGAUGACAUGAUAGAAAAAACAAAUGCCAACAUGGUUCAAGGAUUGAUAAGUAAAAUGAUGUCAGUUUUAGAAGCAACAUUGUCUAAAUUAUCUAGGUACGAUGAAGGCAGUCUCAUAGGAUCAAUUUUAAGUUUCACGAAUGUUUCCGGGUCGGGUAAAGAUAUGGGACAAGGUUAUGUAAAUUUCACAAGGAAUUGCAUGGACCAAAUUCGACAAAAAAUUACAGAUGAACUGUGGAUUCUAACAUUUUUCGAACAGUGGUAUACAAGCCAAAUUAAUAUGUUAUGUAAUUGGUUGUCUGAAAGAUUGGAUCAUACUUUGCACCCUUACCAAUGUACGUGCCUUGCUCAUAUCAUAAAGAAAAUAUAUUCAGACUUUGAACUUCAAGGCGUUAUGGAAGAUAAAUUGAAUUCCAAAGCUUAUCAGACAAUAGCUCAAAGAAUGCAAACAGAAGAAGCUACAUGUGCACUUACUAUGGGUCAGGCCGAAAGUGGAAUGGAUGGAAUCGAUGAAGACGGCGACAACAGAAACAAAACGAAAGUGACAAUAAUGGAAAGCUUAAGUGGAGAAGAUGGAAACUUCGUGUCCAACGUAGGAACUAUGAUAGGUGGGAAAGUGGGAAAUAUAUUUGGUAAAGGGCUGGGUGGAAUUGGUUCAAAAUUAGGAGGAGGAACAGGCAGUUGGUUUUAAAAAUUCGAGUUAUCAUACGAUAUAGCUUUUAUUUUAUUUCUUUUUAAUAUUUUAUAUGACUAUUUGGCCUCAAUAGGGUCUUCUUUUGUAUAAAAUAUACGUAACCUAAAUUUUGUAAAUGAUAUUUUUCAAUUUAUGGUUACAAAUAACAUUAAGUGUAGUUUACUUAAUAAACCGUUAUUAAAUAUAGUAGAACCUCUAAACAACGGUCACUAAAAGUAGUACGACCCUCAACUCUAUGUUCAAAAAUACACUGAAAAAAAUAGGUGGGGAUAAUAAGUUGAUUAGUCCAAUGCCUAAGGAAACAUCUCCAUAUAAUAUAAAUAAUUGUCACAUCCUUUUAUAGCAAGGACAAAACGAAAUAUCACUAACAACUUUUUGCUUAUAAAAUAUUGGAAGAUUUACGAGCCGUAACGAAAUCUUCUCCUUUAUGUUCAUUAUAGACACUCUUGAGUUUGUAAGAUAUUUAGUACUAUUAACUGAUCCUUUAAAAGUUAGAGAGCUAUACACAAUUUCUUUGAUUAGAUGAUCAACCCACUAGUUAAGGUCCCAAAAGAGUACUCCAAAGCAGUUGACCAAAAAAGAGGUUCUACUGUAAUUUCAAAACAGUUGAACUGUAUCCCAUCUGAAAAAUAAAUACAAUGUCCAUAACAAUGAGUACUAAGGGACCACAGAUCUUGUUUGAACUUGAAUAAAGGAUUAAAAAAGAAGAAAACUUCAAAAAAUUGUUUUGUAAAUACUGGCAAAAAUAAACAUAUUUGUCGAUUCCUCAAGUGUUUUGAAAUUAAAUUGUAAAUUCAGCAAAAUAACUCGAUUUGUUAGAAAUAUAUUCAUUUGCUAGCUUUCUUGGUGGGUUGCCAUAGAAUUAAGAAAUAUUGUGAUUUUGAUAAAUAAAUAAACUCUGCACAAAGAAUAGGCAACUCCGACAGUUUGAGAAUUACAUCUAAUAUACAGAUAUAUUUAUUUCUAUGGAUAUUCAACAAAUUAUGAAGUUAUAAUUAAUAUUGCACUGGAUAUCAUUUAUUUUUUAAAUGUGUAAGUAUGUAUCUGAUUCAGAAUUCAGAGGGUUCAAAAAGUUGUGUGUCGUUUGUAUUGAAAGUUUACAGAUUACAACUUAGAACCUUAAAACAACAAACGAUCAAAUUUGAAGAAAUUGACAAAAUAGUGUUUAUAUCGAUUGAAGUGCUCGGACUAGUCAUUGUUACAUUUCUUUUGUUAUUUUACCGAAAUGGUUAAGAUAGGUUAAGAUGAAGAUGGAACUUCUCCAUGAAAAACAUUUAAUAUAGAAGAAAUAUUGAAAUCAUUAUUAGAGAAGUGAGAAUAAAAAGCAGAACUAGAACUAGCAAAAGUAGGAAGACCUAAAAACAAUAUAAAAAUAUGUUGAAUAAAAAUUCACGGUAUAUGUAGAAAUAAGCAAUAUUUUAGAAAACUGCAAGUCUGAAUAGAAUAGCUCAUACUGAAUCAUGGAGGGUGAUCCAGCCAUAAUGCAUAAUAAGUUUUUGGAUAAUUAUCUCAAUUUGAUCUAUUAUUACAGAAGGAUCCGUGACAAAGAAUGUGUUGAGGCGUAUCGUUAAUGUGUCAAAUUAUCUCAUCCUUCAGAUCUUGGCAUUUUGAUGUAAAUUGACAACGUUACUGAAUUUUUCGCGCGAAACAGCCAUCGUUUUGUUCAUUGCCCCAAAUGACGCCCUCCUGUUGGAACCACUUAUCGUCCAGUCUGUAUCUCUAAUUUCUGAUUACAAAAAGUCAGUUAUCAUAGUCCAGCCCAUAAACUCCGUCAAAAAAAUUGUCAGUAAGUUUCAAGUCGUAGGUCAAUUGAACCUUGUCGGUAUAAAUAUGCAUCUGUGAGACUUUCAAGUAUUGAGCAGGAUAGCGAGUUCAGAUGGAGCAAUGUUUUUGCAGAACAAAAUAGGCGACCAUCAACAGGUGUCUUUCCAUCUUCUCCAAUCCCGAUCGAAUAAAAGUUGCCACAAUUCUCCCGGGUAUGAACAUAUUUGAUCGAUGAUGCUUAACAAAAAAUUCAAUAACUGCACUAAAUGCGAUUCGAUUUAGAAGUCCAUUUUUAUAAAAACCUACAACAAUCUUAAAGCGCUGCUCAAUUGUGUACCUCUCCAUGAUAGAUAGCAUUUGUCAAAGAGUAAAACAAAGAACUAUCGAACGAAGUUGGACAAAAAGUUGACGCAAAGGUAUAACUCAGAUUUAACAUCGUGCAUUAUGGUUGGACAAACCUUAUUUUAAAAUAAUAUAAUAAUGAAUCUAAUGAAUAUGCCCGGCUAAUUUAUUUACUACUCGCCGAAGUGUAGGCUCGUUAUCCAAUAACAAAGCCUUGUGUCAGCAUAGUUUCUAGUGGUCUAGCUGAAAAUAUACUACGGCUAGUUGAGAAAGAAUAAUAAGGUUCAUUUACACGGAGUGAGUUAGCCGUUAAUCGCUGAGUACACACUAAUGAACCUAAGAAAAAUCUAAGAAGGUGAAGGCUCCACGUCAAGCAAAAUUUGGCAAAGUUAAGUGUUACACCGUCAAGAUAUGUGCAAAACACACAUAAAUAAGUAAAGCACUUAAUUGCAAAUAUCCUUUAGGAUAUUGACGAAAUGAGCUUUAGUUUAAAAUUACGCCGUCCGUAAAAAUUAUUCUGUUUUGUUUUUUUUUCGAUCACUCAGUUUGUUUUUUAGGAUAUUUUUACUCCAAGUGCUUUAUGUUACAGGGAUUAAUGAGCAAUAAACUGAUCAAAAACUUUCACUAAACGUCUAAUCUCUCACGUAAUAGAUUACUAAAUGCAAACACAUAUAAUCUAUCUAUCUCUUUUAUUUAUAUGCUAGAUAAAAGGAUAUCACGGCCAAAUAUUUGGAAAUAAUCCCAAUUUUACAUAUCAUCAAGUGUUCUCAGACACCGAUGUUUUCAAACAUCUUGUAAGACACAAAAAUAUCCAUUCACUGAAUACAUAAGAAACCGCUUUAUAAAUUUAUAAUUAAUAAUUUUAAUAAAUAGUCAAUAUGAUUUUCUUUCAUUUAAUGGAUGUACAACAUCUAAGAGUAUACACAAUUAUCUCUUCGAGGUGUACUUGAGAUAUUCCUCGUACAUUAACCAACACCAAUUUAGAAGGAGCAUGAAUAACCAGCUCAACUGCUGAAAAACAGAAAAUUGGAAUACUAAAUUUGCAAUCAAAAUCAUUAUAAUUAAUUUUGAUAUCGACAGAUUUCAUUCGAAUUCCUAAUCAUUGACUAAUAGUUUAGUACUUGAAGUUUUUAGAAAGCAAGACAAAUUACUGAUUGGAAUUUUGAACUUAUUUUCACAUUUAUUCUUGAAGUUUUAAGAUAGUUCAGAAACCCAGUAAGUUAACUACUACAGUCUUACUGGUCACAAAUACUUUUUCGAUUGAUAUUUGCUAAUUAUAUAAUAUAAUAAAGAAUAUCUACUGUAUUUUGUAGUACUAAAAGUAAAAAUUUCAGAAAUAAAUAUUAAAUUCACUGUUAUGCGUUUCUAAAUCCAGUAUUCACAAUAUUAUGUUAUCAAUAUGUAUUAUAUGUAGCUUGUAUUUAGAAAUACAUUUCAAAUCCUUUGCCAGUGAUAAUGUUUUAAGCAAUGCGAAAUGUUAGUCGUAGUAUCCAUAAAUUAUUCUAUAUUCGGGGUAAUAUUUGUAAAUGUUUCGGAUUAGCUCUCUGUCAUUUUUGCAACAAAUAAAAUACAUAAUAAUUUUGGAAGUCCCAUACGUUCUUUCAAACAUAUUGAAUGCUGGGAACAUAAGUGGUGUAAUCAAAUACUAGCACUACUUUUAAGUCGACAUAAAUAUGACGUCAACACGCUGGGUACCUAUCAUGUUUUGGAACAAGUUAUGAAUAUGAUGUAUAUGGUUCAAGACAUCAUUAUCACUGGCCAAAAUUAUUUUUAGGGGUGUAAUUUCGGAAUGCAAGCAUAAUAUGAAUAGUUUAUGCAGAAAAGUAUCGAUACAUAUAUUUUAAAUAUUAAGUGAAUAUUUGUAGUUAAAAUGGAUUAUUGAAGAUAUAAAAUUAAAACAGUUUCAAUAAUAUUCAUGAAUAGAAUAAACUUCUAUAUACAUAUUCAUUUGAACUUAUUUUAUUCAAUAUAUUUAUCCAGUGCAAACUUAUCUAUGGGAUUGUUCAUGUUCUAUCCAAAUAAUAAUAUAUCUAGUUAUUGCAUACCUUGUUAUGAAAUAGAUUGAUAGAAAAUCAGUUAUUAGGUGCAAACAUGUUAAACAGAACUACAUAAGUGACUUUAGAUACUGUUUUAAUGAAUUUUGAGGUUAAGAUUCAUUCUCAUUUUAAGUAAAACAUUAUUUAAAGAUGGUCCGAAUUUUUUUUUAACACUGCUUUACACUGAAGUGGUUCUGUUCAGUAUUUUUGUCGAAAAUGGCUUUCCAAUCCGUUUCUUGGAUAGUCUAUAUAUAAAAUAAAUUUAUUACUUUCGUUGUAUUGCUUAGAGCUGUAUCGUAUUACUUACUAUAAGACAGAGCUGACAAAGUAAGCAUAACUGGCUUUACUUAAAAAUUUCGUAUGAAUAAUGAAUGAGAUUAAUAUUAAUUAAAUGGAUAAUACAUUUGAUUUAUUAUUUUCCAAACACACUACAAAUGUUAUGUUCUUUAUCUUUUUAUAACAAAUAAAAUAUAAUUAAUAUAUAUCAGUCAACUAUAACAGUUUUCUAAAAGUUGUUAGGUAUAUUACAUAUCUACCUACAAUUUUCCCUUCUAUUCUAUAAAGCAAAUUAUUCCGACUUCUAGUUAGUAUACUGAUAAAAUUUGGAUACUAUAACAUCUAAUUGAGAUAGAUUUAUAAUAAAAAGUUAGUUAUGAAAAUAAAAAUGGCUUGAAAUAUCAUAUGAUAAAGUCGUACGUAGUAUUUCCAUUAGACACAUGCAUAUGAAGAAUUAACAACAUACUUUUCCUUGUAGAAGUUUUCGUUUAAAUGGAUAAAUUCAAUAACAUAUAGAAUCAGGAGAACGUUACCUUUAUACAACAUUCCUCACCAAUAAUUCCUAAUUAUACGGAAGACUUUUCGGAAAUUAUGGUCCUGGGUUAGAUCACACAUCAGCUCAUUACGGGUCCUAACCCAUAAGUAAAUUCUUAACACAGUUUCCGAACGUUGCGUUUUCACAUAAACCUUUGAAUUUUAUUGCUUGAGGCAUAAAUUUACAACUGGGUAUUAAACUGAAAUCUAAACUAUGAAUUAAACUCUAGUUCAAACCGAAAAUAAAAUUACUAUAUUUUACAGACCACAGUGGAAUCCAGAUGUUUUUAACAGCGGUAAUUUAAUCUAACUUUUCCCAUAGAACAAAAAAUCUGCUUGUAGUAAUUCUUAAUUUAAAUUUUUUACGAAAAGGUGUAUGAAUAUGUAUAAACGAAAAUGAACUGAAAACUUCUCCAACUUUUUGAACAAAUACAAAGAAUCGAAUGCAAAAAAGCGAUUCAAUGACCUGGAAGAGGAGAGAAAAAGAUUUGAAGUAGUGAAUCAAUUCACUUCGAUAUAACAACGAAUUGAAAAAAUAAGUGGAGCAAUUUAAAAUAAAUCACCUGUAAAAUUUCGCAGUUGAAAACCAAAAUUUUUACAAAAUUGGUGGAGGCCUUACCCUUCUCUUAUAAGUGCGAUAGAUGAGGAGAUCGAAUAAGUCAGUGAAAGAUUUGAAGUUGUUACAGGUGAUACGGCGAAUGUAACAUCUUCAUAACCUAUUUAAGGCAGUAAAUAUUGAGCUUCAACCAACCAAAACUAACUAUAUCUACCUGUUGAUACUUCAUUAGUAUUAGGUAUUACGUCGUUGAAUUCCUCGAUAUGAAUUGCAUUUUAUCAAAACCAAAACUCUUUACUUGACGUGAUAUCGUAAAAACAUAAACGAUUUGAAAAAGCUAGGAUAGAGUUCUCAGUUUCUUAUUAAAAUUAAGAGUAAACCACCCCUGGAUCGUCGGUUAGGUUUGUCAAUAAACGCCACCUAUAAAACAUGAAAAAGUCGAUAUCUGUUGUUUAAGCUGACGUUUAAGGUUUAAAGAUUUAAACUAAACAAAACAUUGUAAAAUUGCGCUCUAAUUUCGUGUGUUAAUUUUCUAUAUUUCACGUUUAUUUUUCUAUAUUAUUUCUGCAAUUAUACACUUUUAUUCAUUAUAAUUGAGCCGUCAUUAGAGAUUUGCCCACUAAUACAGAUUUGACACUAAAUUUUAACACCAAUAAGCUUUAUAUUGGAAAACCCAAAUAUCUGAAAAUCGCAGUUUUAGAAAAACAGUGAACGUGUACUGGAUUUCUUUCGAAGCAUUCAAAUCAUGAUCGGGUUAACUCAAUCAUAUUUCCCGAAAAUACCCACAACUAUUGUUGUGCAGUAUACAAAUCGUUACGAAUUGGUUUAUAUAGAUUUUUUCACCGUUUAUGUACGGUAAGCAGUUGAGUACAGAUUAGCUUGUUACUCAAUUGAGUCCGUUGAAGUGAAAGAAAUUUCAAAUUGACAAAAACUGACAAUCAGGAUCUUCGUCUGAUGAAAACAAGGAAACAAAGGAAAAAUGCAUGACACAACUGAUGAAAAAAUUUAUUCAAUCAACAGACCUACUUAAACAAUAAACUAGAGGUACUUUGUCCCAAUAAAAUUAAAUUUAGAUUUGCUGACAUCAGAAACACCAUCCGAUCAACUUUUUUGAAAAAACCCACAAUUGAGAUUUUGCAUAAAAUAUCAUCAGAUAUUUCAAGAGGAAGGAAAUCUCCUUUUCAUCGUUCAUUCUCACUUUCAAUUUUCCAAGUAGAAAAUUGCCAAAUUUUAUCAGUACCUAAUGUAUAUUAGUAAUUAAUAUGGAUAGAUGGUUACUAUGCCAUGCUCUGUUAGAAAUAUUUGAAUAAAGUCGUACAAAAGGUUGCUUGAACUUCGGCAUCACGUUGUAUUUCAGGUACUAUGAGUAACUAAACUAAUAGUUAUAAAAUCUUAAAAUCAAUUUAUGAUAAAAUAUCAACAUUGAAACAUAACUUUAAUGAUUACUGCAUGCAAUCUUAAACUAUAGUUACCUAUAUUUGCAAUGAGCAUUGAAGAGUAUCAUUAGUUUUCAAUUUAUGUACAUUAAAUUCUUUUAAAAUUUUUUCACAUGAACACACAUAUAAAAAGAUACCAUUACAGAUUAACUACAACAAAAUGUAAUUAUCCAAUGUACCUACUAAAAAAUUAAUGCACGAGGUAAUACAAUAAUUAAUACCAGUUAAUACUAAUAGUGAUCUAGCAUAGAAUAGAAUGAAUUUGAUUGGUAGUUUAAAAUAAUGUUACAUUGGAAAUUGGAAAAGAAAUGCUCUCUAUAAAAUGACUAGUCGCAGUUGUGAGAAAGUGAAUCAUGAACAAAUAAUUUAAGCGUUUAACUUAUACAGGCUGCUAUGAGACAUAGAGUAAAAAGUGAUUCUAUGUGUUCAAUUAUUAUGAAUAUCAUCAACAAAAUUCGUAUGCGGUAGUGAUUUUUUGUGGAAGAGACGAAUCGAUAAUUCAAAAGAAAAGAUUCAAAUUAUAAAUAUUUAUGCACAUUGGGACCUAUGUAUAAAAAUAUUUUGCCACUUAUCUUACAAAUUGAAAUACUGAAAAAUUAUAAGAAAGGAUAUGAAACUCCUCAAUGCCCCGUUGUCUUCUUAAAAUCUUCAACUUUUGAAAAUUGUUAUAUAAAUAAUAUAUGUAUAGAAUGCUUUUAACUUAAGUUCUUGUAUUUAUCAAACCUACUUAUACAUUCUUGAAUAGAAAUAAAUUUAUAAACAAUGAAUAUCCUUUAUUAAUAUUGCAAUAUAGUUAUUGAAAUACUGUUUUUUUAUUCACUUAUUAGUAAGUAGUAAUUUGAAAUACGGGUCUAUUAUGUCCACAGGAAGCGAUUAUUUAUAAAUUAAUUUCCUAAAAUCUAUACACAUGUUAACCAGUUACGGACCAUAUACAUAUUGUUAUGUUCAACUAACAUGUACUAUAAAUAAUAAAUUGUUUUAAUACAUCA